CUUAUCGAGUGACGCACUACCUUAAUUAAUGAUUCACGAUAUGUUUAUUACCGAGUCCUGAGACGUUCAGGUAUUCCUAAUAAAAUAAUGCAUUUCUUCACACGGUUACGAUUCACUUUGUGGACUGGUUUAUUUCUAGCCUAUAUAUCGAAGAUUCAUUGCAUAGGUUUAUCCUGCUACCAAUGCACCGUCGCACCAAAUCCUGGCGCCAAAGUUUCUGCUAGUCAAAUUUGCAGUCAUUUCGACGAGAGCCAACACUUUCAAACGUAUUGUCCACAUUCGACGCUAUGUAUGAAAAAAUCCAUAAGACACCGACUUGGCAAUGGAUCGCUUGUUUUGACAAGCGUCGAACGAGGCUGCGCGCCGCAACUGAAUGUCAGUAAAGCUUACGACUUCCAAAAAAAAUCGUGGUACGAUACACACGAAGUUGUAACCUCGGCGUAUGACGAGAGAUGUUACUUCGGUGAGGACAGAGGAUCCCCGGGUGGACCACCCGAAUAUUGCUUCUGCAGUUUCCACUUGUGCAACGGGAGCGUGGCUAAGAAAAUCGCAUACUAUUUAGCUUGGAUGUCGAUUGUUGGAGUAUUUUCAAUGCAAAGUAUUAUUCUCUAGUCUGCGAGAAGAGAUGAAGGACGAUAUCGCCAAAAUGUCAGACGACAUUUUUCCUCGAACAUCUAUCGAACAGGAAAAAGAAUUAAAAUAUUUGUAUUAUACUACACGGGAUAAUCGACAGUGUACUUUUCCAAAAUUCACUGCUGUCGAGCUAUUGAAAAAUGUACAUAUACAUUUAAGCUAUCGAUCGAUCAUGGUAUUGUUAUUGAUGUCAAAGGAAUUUAUUUUUUAAGAUUCGGCAACGAAGAUGUGAUCUCGUUGUUGUGAUUAACGAAACGGGUUCGAGCCUAUUUUAUAAAUUAGCGUUCAAAUAAAAUUUUACAAGCUUACUCUAA